GAUGGUCCAGAACCUUUAGCGGCAUUUCGAGAUCGCCUCAGCGGGUCCCAAGGAUCUCUCAUUUUCUUCUUCUGGCCUGCAGUUGGGCGCGGAGUUUCACCCGAAAAUUGUGCAAGUUUGUUAACGGCCCUCGGGCUUUUGACGAUUUUUGCUGUUUGAAAGGUUUUUUCUCCCCUCUGUUUGGGGAAGUGCGCUUGUCAUCUGGACUAUUUCGCCACGUUUUGAGUUGGCUGAUUUAGAUUCUCUUGUCCGCAUCUGCCGAACUGGCUUACAGCUCUUCAUUUACGGUCCAUUGACCUUAAUGUCUCGAAACGCUGAGCUUGAAGAAAAAGCCAACCGGCCAAAGUCAAAAUGUCACGAUGCGGCGCUUUAGAGAGGUCAAUGACUUUAGCCGCUUGAAGUCAAAGCUACCCAUGAUAUUCAUGACAUCUCCACCAAUGACAUUGUGGCAAAAGCCACAGCAUUCAGGCAGCCUCAUGGCACCGGUCAAGGACAAUCCGAACAUCCAAAGCACAACCAAGUGCGAGAGAGAAUCAAGACGUAUAUAAAUAACAAUGGCGGAGCGCAAGCAGCAAAGCGCAGCUGAGGAUGACUGGGAGGAGGUCCACGCAAGCGAACCAGACGAUACUAUCUCGCUCCACUCCGAAACCGAAACCGAAACCGUGGAGAACAACCAGCACUAUGUCGAAGUAGACGGGCCAAAGAAGACUACAUAUCCGGGACGAAUCUACCAGGACCCCAAUGAAAAACUCGUAGGGUCUAUACCAACGCUUAGACGCUCCCUUUACAAUCUCAAGGACACUCUUAGCGAGAGCAUCGAGCAACUCGAGGAUUUCAAUCAAGAAUAUGCCAGUAUGGAGGCACUCUCCAUCAGUGUGCCAAUCAAGCAACUUCAGGAGAAGCAAGUCAAUGCGCUGAGUAUCCUCCUCACGAACAGCGGCACGGACUGGGAGGUCUCUGUCCUCCAAGGCGGCAUGAGCUUCGACGAGUUCGCCGAGCUAGAUCCUGUGUCGAUUGACGAACUGUGCAGGAUCAUGAAGGAUUUUGUGCACGAGGUAAGAGCGCACAAGUAUGCGAGGAAAAAAGCUGCGGACUACGACGAAGAUGAAGACAACGCCGAUGUUGCAUUUCUUGAUUUCAUACUGCCGGCCGUGGAUGAGAUCAGCCUGCUGUUGAGGAUCGAUGAGGGCAGUGCUACAAAGCAACAUGAUAACCUCUCUGGACCAACGCUGCUGAGCACGACCAAGGAGAAUUGCGGAGAACAAGAGACUGAACCAAAACCCAAGGAUGAUCACGAUCAGAUAGUGCACGAAAGGAUGAUGAUGGCAUCAGAUUGGUAAUGGGCAUGAUGUGGGAAAGCAGCGUGCCUUAAAUUGAUAAUAUAAUACUUCCUGCGCUAACUUAUGCCAUGAUGAAAUGUUCACCAAAGUUGGUAGACCAUGAAAUUCAGUCUUCGUCGUCGC